GGCCGCGCACUCCAUUCCCAUCGCACCGGCACCGCUCCUCUCCCGGCCUCCCCUUUCCAUCUCCUCCACGAAAUCUGCGCAGCUCACGCUGACGACACCGACCGACCCCGCAGCUGCCCUCUAUCUAGCUGCCCUCCCUCCCAUCCAGCAGCCCACCCCCCACCCACCUCGGACCUGCUGCUCCCUCCACUCACCACCCCCGGCCGAGCGAAUUGAAGAAGCUCCCCCUCUGAACUGAAGCAAUGGCAGGCGGCAAUGCCGGUGGCGCCGCUCGAGUCCUGUUCUCCAUCCUCGGCCUGGCGCUGGCGCUGCCGCUGCUCGUGGCCGGCGACGACCCGUACCGGUUCUUCACGUGGACGGUGACCUACGGCGACAUCUACCCGCUGGGCGUCAAGCAGCAGGGGAUCCUGAUCAACAACCAGUUCCCGGGGCCGCAGAUCGAGGCCGUCACCAACGACAACCUCAUCAUCAACGUCUUCAACAAGCUCAACGAGCCGUUCCUCCUCUCCUGGAGCGGGCUCCAGCAGCGGCGGAACUCGUUCGAGGACGGCGUGGCCGGGACGACGUGCCCGAUCCCGCCGGGCUCCAACUUCACCUACAUCAUGCAGGCCAAGGACCAGAUCGGCACCUACUACUACUUCCCAUCGCUGGCCUUCCACAAGGCCGCCGGCGGGUUCGGCGGCAUCCGCGUGCUCAGCCGCCCGCAGAUCCCCGUCCCGUUCCCGCCGCCGGCCGCCGACUACACCGUCCUCAUCGGCGACUGGUACAAGGCCAACCACACCGACUUGCGGUACGUGCUCGACAGCGGCGUGGCGCUCGGGUUCCCUGACGGGCUGCUCAUCAACGGCCGGGGCCUGAAUGGCUACACCUUCAACGUUCAGCCCGGCCGGACGUACCGGUUCCGGAUCACCAACGUGGGGCUGGCCACGUCCCUCAACAUCCGGUUCCAGGGGCACACCAUGAAGCUGGUGGAGGUGGAGGGCUCGCACACCAUGCAGACCACCUACUCGUCCCUGGACGUGCACCUGGGCCAGUCCUACUCCGUGCUGCUCACCGCCGACCAGCCGGGCUACGACUACGCCGUCGUCGUCUCCACGCGCUUCACGAGCCGGAUCAUCUCCACCACGGCGGUCCUGCGCUACGCCAACUCCGCCGGCAGGGCGCCGGGUCCCCUCCCCGGUGGCCCCACCAUCCAGAUCGACUGGUCGCUCAACCAGGCCCGCUCGGUCCGGUGGAACCUGACGGCCAGCGGGCCGCGGCCCAACCCGCAGGGGUCGUACCACUACGGCCUGGUGCCGGUGACCCGGACCAUCCGCCUGGCCAACUCGGCGGCGACCAUCGGCGGGAAGCGGCGCUACGCGGUGAACGGCGCGUCGUACGUGGGCCCCGACACCCCGCUCAAGGUCGCAGACUACUACAAGAUCGGCGGCGUCUUCUCCGUGGGCACCAUCGCCGACAGCCCCCCCGCCUACGGCGGCGCCGCCUACCUGCGGACGUCGGUCAUGGGCGCCAGCUACAGGGACUACGUCGAGGUCGUGUUCGAGAACGGCGAGGACGAGGUGCAGUCGUGGCACAUCGACGGAUACGCCUUCUGGGUCGUCGGGAUGGAUGGAGGGAAAUGGUCGUCGGCAAGCAGGCAGGGCUACAACCUGAGGGACGGCGUUUCGCGGUACACUGUUCAGGUGUACCCCAGAUCGUGGACGGCGAUUUACAUGCCCCUGGACAACGUGGGCAUGUGGAACGUCCGGUCGGAGAACUGGGCCAGGCAGUACCUGGGGCAGCAGUUCUACCUCCGCGUCUGGACGCCGUCCACGUCGUUGCGCGACGAGUACCCCAUCCCCAAGAACGCGCUCCUGUGCGGCCGGGCGGCCGGACGCCGGACCAGGCCGCUGUGAGAGUGACACUGCCGCCGGAUCAUUCACAGCUUUUGUCAUGAGAGGAUGACACACUAUUGGUUUGGUCUUUGGAGAAGAGCAGGAACAUACACAAGUUUAUAUACCCUCAACUGAAGGGAGGUUCAGAGGAACGAAAGUGUUGCUUGCCGAUUUUUUUUCAUUUUAGUUUUUUUUUCCCUUUAAAGUUUCAUAUUUACGUCUCUGCUGAACUAAAACCGUGUUGGAAUUUCUGGGUCAACACUAUAACUUAUACUCCCUCCGUCCCAACAUAGUAUUUGUUUUAGAGUGUUAA